AUGGGAAAACCAAAAUCGAAAUCAAAGCCAAAUGACAAGAAUGGGGAAAAGUCAAGUAAAUCGAGAAGAUUCAGUUUGAUGCGUUCACUUCGAUCAUUGAGAUCAAAGAAACCACCAAAGAAGAAUGUUGAGAAUAAGGAAAAUAAGGAAAUCAAAACUGCUCCACUUCAACCAGCCAUAUCGAAUUCCGUCUAUUUUGAUUUGAAAAAUGCGGAGAAAAGAAAGUCAAAGAAGCGUCAAUCAAAAAUUGCUCCGGUUGAACCAUCGGCCACACCCCAGUCUUCAGAUGAGAAAACUAGUAAACCAUCAUCUCAAAAAACUAUGAAACCAUCAUCUCAAAUAAAUAAAAUUCCUGAAUAUGAAAAUGUGAAGUCGCUGAUGUUAGUUGAUGCUCAAGACAUUGAUACUCCAUCAAAUAAAAGUAAGAAAAAGAAUGAGAAAAAUCUGGAAAUGUUGGCGAAAAGAAAGAAGAAUAAGGUUCCUAAACAGAAGACAGUGGGCAGUGAAUUUGAGGAUGUGGCUGGUCCAUUGUCUCCAGUGAAUGCACAACCAAGAGGAACGGAAGAUAAAAUGAGAUGGAAAAUUGAUGUGGAAGGAGUUGAUCUGAAUGGAGAUCAAAAAAUGACAGAAGUGCUCGAGAAACUGGGAAAGUUGAGGAAGAAAUACAAAACGAAACGAUGUAAAGUGUUGAGAGCGAACGAAAAAACAAAAGAAGAGGAUGAAGAACCGACAGAAGAUGAUAUUUCAAUGGCUGCUCGAGUUCUUCAAUUAGUUCGAAUGGAUCAAUUAAUCAAUGAGAAAUUCGAUUCAGAAGAUCGAGAAAUUCUAAAAAGAUACUGUAGAAGUGGAGAUCAAGAAGAGAAAGCAGAAGAAAUAAUCGAAAGAAUCACAUUGAUUGUACUCGUUGGCGUUUCAUCCAAAAACCAAUUCAUUCGAACUGUUUCGAUUCCAGGACAAAUGAGAAUGUAUGCAGUUGAUGAGAACAAAUCGAAACUUCCAGUCAUGGCUCUCUUGUUGGCAAGAUGUGAUCUCCUUUAUUACGCAUGGUUGAAACCAAGUACCGAUGAGGAAGAAUUAGAUCCAACUUGGAAAAUUAUGGCAAUUAGAAAAGUUCCAACACCUGCAGUUGUGAGUGCAUACUAUCCAGCUGCUAGAGGAUUAGGACCACAACAAAAAAAGUGA